UUAGUCCAAACCAUGGUUCGAGUUCGCCUGUCCUUUCAGUGUGGCAGUUCACUGUGAACCUCUCUCCACAGGGUGAUCUCGCUGUCUCGUGUCCAAACAUACCUGUUUUGACAGAAUAUCCAGAAACUCCACAGUCUGGGCAGAAGAUGGCUCACAGGGUGGCUGACCUUCCCAGUGGUCCACUUGAUUUCUACAGGAGAAAAUCCUCCUUUAACUGGAAGAACAUGGUUUGCUUCAUAGAUGGAGAGGAAAUCUACCAUUUUAAGCAACAAAUAUUUAGGACUCUAGAGAAUGAUCCUCUGUUUAGACGUCAGCCUGGAGAAGAUGUUCCUAUUGAGAAGAAAAGAGAGAUAAAUUUCCUCAGGAUGAAACAGCUGUUUAGAUACGAUUUUAUGACCAGAGAGGAGCUGAUGUCUGACCCCUGGAAGACAGUGAUCCUGGAGGACUGUCUAGGAAUGUAUGACUGGUCUCUGGUGGCAAAGUAUUUCCUGAACGUAGGGAUGUUUGCUGAAACUGUUGCCAGUUCAGGAUCUAGCAGACACAGUAAAUACAUUGAAGGCAUUGAAAACAUGACGCUCUUUGGAUGCUUUGCCCUUACUGAGCUGAGCCACGGCAGCAACACCCGAGCCAUGAGAACAACAGCUACAUAUGACCCAUCCACCAAG